CCCCGAUCCUGGCUUGGCUGCUCUUGCACGAGCUGUGCAGAGUGCGAUACGCACCAGCAGUGCUCGACAAGCAUGCGUGGCCUCCUCUGCCUCGCGCUGGCAACCACAACCGCAUUCGUGCCGCCGACCACAAGGCAGCAGCUCCAAUUGCAUGCGACCACCCCCUCGGGCAUCGUCUACGAGGACAUCGAGGUCGGCGAGGGCAAGACGGCCAACGCCGGCGAUUACGUGUCCGUCAUCUACGAAACUAGAUUAAAUGGCAAGGUCAUCGACGCGACGGGCGGCGGCGAGGCGAAGGUCAUGAGCACGGGCGUCCAGGGCGCGGGCGACCGCCCCUGGGCCCAGUUCGCGGUGGGCAAGGGGAAGGUCAUCAAGGGCUGGGACGAGACGGUCCAGACGAUGCGCGUCGGGGGGAAGCGGAAGCUGACGCUGCCGGCGGAGCUCGCGUACGGCGACGAGGGCUCGCCCGACGGCGUCAUCCCGCCGGGCGCGUCCGUGGAUUUUACCAUUGAGCUGACGUCCGUCGACUCGGACUCGGGCAUCAUCGGGGCCGUGGGCGGCACCUUCGCGUUGUUGGCCGCUUUGAUCGCGGCGAACGGCGUCGCGCUCCAGCUCACGGGCCACGAGCUGAGGGAGUACCUGGCUGGUACUGUUUAAGUCUAUUUACCC